AUGGUCGCCGGGCUUACUUCUGGUUACCAAUAUGGCGCAGAAAUGGAAGAGGCUGAGACUGUGUAUGACUCUAGCACCGGCGAAUUGGAAGUUUCCAUCUCAUUCCUUGGUGGAGAGUGGGUUGCUCGUGGCUUGCAACUCCUUGAGGAGGACAACAUCUCGAGUCUGGAAGAUGUUAGCUACGAUACCCUCCGUGACUGGAUGCUCGAAGGCUUGCAUCGUUACGAGGGCGUUCUGCAGACUACAUGGACUGAUCUGAGCCGCUUUGAAGCUGCUGGUGGUAAGAUCAUCUCGUACCACGGUGAACAGGACCCCAGUAUUCCUACCGCCUCUUCUGUCCGUUUCCACGAGUCCGUUCGCUCUACCCUCUACGGUAACGAGUCUUUCGCCAAGGGUACCUCGAGUCUGAAUGAGUGGUACCGUCUUUUCUUGCCUAAUGGUCCCUUUCCGCAGACUUCUCUUGGCUCACUCAUUGACUGGGUAGAGAAGGAUGAUAUGCCUGUUACCCUGAAUGCCACCGUUAUGUCUGGCGCUUACAAGUAUGAGCAGCAGUAG